CAAGAGAAGUUCCGAUUGAAGUUCAAUAUGAAUCUUUGGGGACUUAUCAUGAGAUUUAUGCCCACUAUCUAAUAAUGGGAAAUAGAAAAAAAGAAAUUCGUUCGAUAUACAUUCGAACCACUCUUGGUCAUAUUUCUUUUUAUAGAGAAAUAGAGGAAGCCAUACAAGGAUUUAGUCAGGCCUAUUCAUACACUACCUAAACAAGAAAGUUAGAUUCGGCGAUGCCCCUCCCCUUUCGGGGGGCAUUCCGAUUUCCCUAGUAUCAUCAUUAUUUGCCACGCGAAUCCAGAUUGAGAUUGAGGCAAUUAAGUUAAUUAAAUUUUCGAAUCACUGACUCAGGCCCAUUGUCGAAUCCUACUCAGCAAUUGUCGAAUCCUACUCAGCCGAAAAGGGGGUACUUAUGUAUGGCGGAACGGGCCAAUCUGGUCUUUCAUAAUAAAGAGAUAGACGGAACUGGUAUGAAACGACUUAUUAGCAGAUUAAUAGAUCAUUUUGGAAUGGGAUAUACAUCCCAUAUACUGGAUCAACUAAAGACUCUGGGCUUCCAUCAAGCCACUACUACAUCGAUUUCGUUAGGAAUCGAGGAUCUUUUAACAAUACCCUCUAAGGGAUGGUUAGUCCAAGACGCGGAACAACAGAGUUUUCUUUUGGAGAAACACUAUUAUUAUGGGGCUGUACACGCGGUAGAAAAAUUACGCCAAUCUGUUGAGAUAUGGUAUGCGACAAGUGAAUAUUUGAAACAAGAAAUGAAUUCAAAUUUUCGGAUAACGGAUCCUUCUAAUCCAGUCUAUCUAAUGUCUUUUUCAGGAGCCAGAGGAAAUGCAUCUCAAGUACACCAAUUAGUAGGUAUGAGAGGAUUAAUGUCGGACCCUCAAGGACAAAUGAUUGAUUUACCUAUUCAAAGCAAUUUACGCGAGGGACUUUCUUUGACAGAAUAUAUAAUUUCCUGCUAUGGAGCCCGCAAAGGGGUUGUAGAUACUGCUGUGCGAACAGCAGAUGCUGGAUAUCUUACACGUAGACUUGUUGAAGUAGUUCAACAUAUUAUUGUGCGUAGAAGAGAUUGUGGUACUAUCCGAGGUAUUUCUGUAAGUCCUCAAAAUGGGAUGACGGAAAAACUUUUUGUCCAAACACUAAUUGGUCGUGUAUUAGCAGACGAUAUAUAUAUCGGUUCACGAUGCAUUGCCGCGCGAAAUCAAGAUAUUGGAAUUGGAUUAGUCAAUCGAUUCAUAACUGCCUUUCGAGCACAACCAUUUCGAGCACAACCAAUAUAUAUUAGAACCCCCUUUACUUGCCGAAGCACUUCUUGGAUCUGUCAAUUAUGCUAUGGCCGGAGUCCUACUCAUAGUGAUCUGGUCGAAUUGGGAGAAGCCGUAGGUAUUAUUGCAGGUCAAUCAAUUGGGGAGCCAGGGACUCAACUAACAUUAAGAACUUUUCAUACUGGCGGAGUAUUCACAGGGGGUACUGCCGACCUUGUACGAUCCCCUUCGAAUGGAAAAAUAAAAUUCAAUGAGAAUUUGGUUCACCCCACACGUACCCGUCAUGGGCAGCCUGCUUUUCUAUGUUAUAUAGACUUGCAUGUAACUCUUCAGAGUCAAGAUAUUCUAUAUAGUGUGAAUAUUCCCUCAAAAAGCUUGAUUCUAGUGCAAAAUGAUCAAUAUGUAAAAUCCGAACAAGUAAUUGCGGAGAUUCGUGCCGGAACGUCCACUUUACAUUUUAAAGAAAGGGUACAAAAGCAUAUUUAUUCUGAAUCAGACGGCGAAAUGCACUGGAGUACUGAUGUUUACCAUGCGCCCGAAUAUCAAUAUGGUAAUCUUCGCCGAUUACCAAAAACAAGCCAUUUAUGGAUAUUGUCAGUAAGUAUGUGCAGAUCCAGUAUAGCGUCUUUUUCACUCCACAAGGAUCAAGAUCAAAUGAAUACUUAUGGUAAAAAAGAUAGGGAAAUUCUUGAUUAUUCAACGUCGGAUCGAAUCAUGUCCAAUGGCCAUUGGAAUUUUAUCUAUCCUUCUAUUUUUCAAGAUAAUUCAGAUUUGUUGGCGAAAAAGCGAAGAAAUAGGUUCGUCAUUCCAUUACAAUAUCAUCAAGAACAAGAGAAAGAACUAAUAUCCUGUUUUGGGAUUUCGAUUGAAAUCCCCCUUAUGGGUGUUUUACGUAGAAAUACUAUUUUUGCUUAUUUUGACGAUCCCCGAUACAGAAAAGAUAAAAAGGGUUCAGGAAUUGUUAAAUUUAGAUAUAGGACCCUAGAAGAAGAAUAUAGGACUCGAGCGGAAGACUCAGAAGAGGAAUAUGAGACCCUAGAAGACGAAUACAGGACCCGAGAGGACGAAUAUGAAUAUGAAACCCUAGAAGAAUCUAAAUAUGGAAUCCUAGAAGACGAAUACGAAUAUGAAACCCUAGAAGACGAAUAUGGGAGCCCAGAAAACGAAUAUGGGAACCCAGAGAACGAAUAUAGGACUUUAGAGAAAGACUCAGAAGAGGAAUAUGGGAGCCCAGAGAGCAAAUAUAGGACCCAAGAGGACGAAUAUGGAACUCUAGAGGAAGACUCAGAAGACGAAUAUGGCAGCCCCGGGGAAAGCGCAGAGGAAAAAUAUGGUACUUUAGAGGAAGACUCAGAAGAAGAUUCAGAGGACGAAUACGAGAGCCCAGAGGAAGAUUCCAUCUUAAAAAAAGAGGGUUUGAUUGAGCAUCGAGGAACAAAAGAAUUUAGUCUAAAAUACCAAAAAGAAGUAGAUCGGUUUUUUUUCAUUCUUCAAGAACUUCAUAUCUUGCCGAGAUCUUCAUCCCUAAAGAUACUUGACAAUAGUAUUAUUGGAGUGAAUACACAACUCACAAAAAAUACAAGAAGUCGACUAGGCGGACUGGUCCGAGUGAAGAGAAAAAAAAGCCAUACGGAACUCAAAAUAUUUUCCGGAGAUAUUCAUUUUCCUGAAGAGGCGGAUAAGAUAUUAGGUGGCUGUUUGAUACCGCCAGAAAGACAAAAAAAAGAUUCUAAGGAAUCAAAAAAAAGGAAAAAUUGGGUCUAUGUUCAACGGAAAAAAAUUCUCAAGAGCAAGGAAAAGUAUUUUGUUUCCGUUCGCCCUACAGUGGCAUAUGAAAUGGACGAAGGAAGAAAUUUAGCAACACUUUUCCCGCAGGAUCUCUUGCAAGAAGAAAAUAAUCUCCAAAUUCGACUUGUCAAUUUUAUUUCUCAUGAAAAUAGCAAGUUAACUCAAAGAAUUUAUCACACAAAUAGUCAAUUUGUUAGAACUUGCUUAGUAGUGAAUUGGGAACAAGAAGAAAAAGAAAAGGCUGGUGCUUCCCUUGUUGAGGUAAGAGCAAAUGAUCUUAUUCGCGAUUUCCUAAGAAUUGAGUUAGUCAAGUCCACUAUUUCGUAUACACGAAAAAGGUAUGGUAGGACAAGUGCAGGACCGAUUCCCCAUAAUAGGUUAGAUCGCGCCAAUAUCAAUUCUUUUUAUUCCAAGGCGAAGAUUGAAUCACUUAGCCAACAUCCAGAAGCUAUUGGCACUUUGUUGAAUCGAAAUAAAGAAUACCACUCUUUGAUGAUUUUGUCGGCAUCCAACUGUUCUCCUCAAGAACAUG